GUUGGUGCCGCCCCCGGCACCGCCCCCGCCGCGGUGGUAGAGGCUGGGCCGGGGGCUCAGCCACAUCCGGCUCCGCCCCCCUCUCCCUGCGCCGUUGGUACAUCCCGGCACCGUCCGGCUGCCGGCGCAGGAGUCGGUGCAGCCCAGGCUCCCCCCCCCCCCCCCCGCGCCCGCCGUAGUGGUAGAGGCCGCGAUCGCUCCUGUCCGUCAGCGCCGCCGCCGCCGCCUCAGUCGGAGCUCGAACCUCAGCCGCGCCCGGCGCUCCCUCCGGCAGUGUAUGCCUGAGCUAUAACCCUCAGCCCGUCAUGUCCACUCCGGCCCGUAGGCGCCUCAUGCGGGACUUCAAGAGGCUGCAGGAGGAUCCCCCGGCCGGGGUGAGCGGGGCCCCCUCUGAGAACAACAUCAUGGUGUGGAACGCCGUCAUCUUCGGGCCCGAGGGGACGCCUUUCGAGGACGGAACUUUCAAACUUACAAUAGAAUUCACAGAAGAAUACCCAAAUAAGCCACCUACUGUCAGAUUUGUCUCUAAAAUGUUUCAUCCAAAUGUCUAUGCAGAUGGUAGUAUAUGUCUGGAUAUCCUUCAGAAUCGCUGGAGCCCCACUUAUGAUGUCUCCUCCAUCCUAACAUCCAUACAGUCCCUAUUGGAUGAGCCAAAUCCGAACAGUCCAGCAAACAGCCAGGCAGCUCAGCUAUACCAAGAGAAUAAGCGGGAAUAUGAAAAACGGGUUUCUGCAAUAGUAGAACAGAGCUGGCGUGACUGUUGACCCAGGAUGAUGCAAAUGAACACUCUGUUGAUGAGGAAAAUAAACAAAGUGUCCGAGUCAUCUUUUUCCUCCUAGCAUUUACUUUGCAAGCAAAAUAGCUGUUGUGCUGUUGCCACCCUCCCUUGCUGAAGCUUCUUCUCCUUGGACAUCAGAACGCACUCACUUUGAAGUCAAACAUUCUGUACUUGGGUUACUUGCAAAAGAGUUACUGAUGCUGAAUUCAUUUCCUGUGGUCCCUCUCCAGUCUUAGGGCAGUAUUGUGCAUUUCUGUAGUGUACACUAAGCUUUUAAUUGUAAUUGUGUUAUACACAGUGAUGCUUAUGUGUAGCUUGAUAAAAGGGAUGUUUAUAUACAUACACAUUUUUUAACUGAUAUUAACUAAAGUGCUGAUGUGUCCGGGCUGGUCACUUACCUCUACUAUUGGUUUAGACCCCACUGCAUUUCUAAGUACUGAGUGAAGAAAUCAUCUUUUGUUUCCCUUUUGUAUUGGUUUAUCCAGUCCUUUACUCAUGUAAAAAAAAUCAACUCUUUGAUUGAUUCUAAUUCAAAGAUUUAAUAAGACCCUGGAAUGGUUGUUAUUUCUGCACUUCACAUGCAAGAUUUAUGUACAGAUCUACAUAAAUCACUACAGCUGUGGUACUUGGAUCUUUGCUGAGGGUGAGAAACAAGCUAGUUUUUUUUUUUUUUUUAAUUACUGUUUUAAAGGAUAUGGCUACAGAAACUGUCAGUAGGUUUCUAUAGUCCUGUCACUGAGGCAUUACUGGACAAAACCAGGCAGAGCUGUGGUACUCAGCAAAAGGCCUUCCACAUUAAGGAAGAGGUAAAACCUGACCUGUUCCAGCGAUGGAAUUACUCUCCUUUGGUGUCUUUUUCCUGCCCCUUAUCUUUAGCUGAGAAAGAUAAAUUGUUUGGGAUCUAACUUUGUCUUGUGGAAAGUUUGAAUUAAGUCCAGGGUAGGCACUCGAGUCUCUGCAGUUUCUGCUCUUUGUAGAUGACAGCGUGGUUUGUGUGAGCUACUGCUGCAUGCUUGAGUUCGUUCCCUUCAGUUUUAUGGAAGUAUUUUUUCAAUUCUGAAAAAAAAACAUUUGUAAGUCCAGUCACUUUUUUUGUAAGGCAAGUUUGUACCUUUGGAUACAGAACCUUAAGCAGCAGUGUGGGAUGGAACCUGCAAUUGUGUUGUCCACUGUUCCAGUGUCUUUUGUGUGCACAUUGGUCUGUUAGUUGAAAAGUAUAACUUUGCACAAGUAACCCAUGUAAGAAACUGUACAUUUUUCAAAAGUUGUAAAUAAAGUGUAACCUUAGUGCUUAUUGUAUAAAUAGGCAA